CUCUCUCUCUCUCUAUAUAUGUAUUAGAAGGAAAAUAUCAUCGGAGAUAGACACUAAAAUUGGAUUGGUAUAAUACAUUAUCGGACAUAUAUAUAUUUAUAUACUUGUGUCCCCGUUUUGGUCGGUUAUUCUUUCCGGCGAUCCUAAUAUCUCGUUUCUCUAUCUGGUAUUCGAUAUCGAUCUUUUUAUUACGAAAAAUUCGGUUUGAAGGAUUCAUUAGAAAAUCAAAAUCUAAAAUAAAAGUAGCUCAAAUGAUGCAUCGUUUCGUUGACAACGUUCUUGCUGUCACCAAAGAUGCAGGUCAGUUAAGACAAUCACUUAUGAAUCUUUGCAUAACAUUGCGAGGUUUAUUAAUGGAGUGUCAGCACUCCUGUUGGCAUUUUUACCUGGCAAGGGUACCAUUCUUGAAGGUAUUCAUGGCUGGGAGCUUAGACCCACUUUUCGUGGACCCCGACUUCCACGUUGGAUGGAACAUGGGGUGUCUUCUUUCAAUCAUUUCAUUCAUGAGCUUUCAGUGGAUUCUGAUACUUCAAGCAUAGAUGCCUCAUCUGGAGAAGAAGAUUAUGACGACAUAUGCCCUGCAUCUCCAUUUUCUCAGAGUUCACGAGCCUCUAGAUCUAGCUCAUUUUCAAGGCAUGAUAGGCGUCGAACUGGAUGGAUCGCUUAUAUAUUUCAGUGGCUUUUGUUUCCCAUUAAGUUCCUGCUUGGGAUUCCAUUUCAUGUCUACCGUCUGUCUUAUGGAGGUUCAAAAUCCUCCUCUACUUUGGGAAGUGACCAAUUUUCUAAUUUACAUUCUUUUAAGAGGGUACAAACCCUCAAGGAUCAUAUUGUUCACCGAACAACUGACAAGAGGCGUGGAGUUGUCGAGGAUCUUCAGCUAGCUAUUGAGAUUUCCAUAGAAGCUAUAUUUGAUAUUGUUCACAAGGUAGCACAUUUUCUUCUCUCACCGUCAGAGGCAUUCAAAGUACUGUCUCGCUUUUGUUUCUUACACAACAAUCAGGAUAAAGCAGCUUAUGAAAGUGAUUCAAAAGCUUCUGUUCCAACAUCUACACUUGGAGAAAAUGAUCCAAGUCCUACGGAAAGAACUACCUCUUUCCAGGCACUGAACACAGAUGCUAGGACAUGUCAGGAUGUAAUAACCGAACUUGGGUAUCCAUACGAAGCAAUUCAUGUCAUCACAAAUGAUGGUUAUGUCCUUCUCUUGGAAAGAAUUCCUAGGCGUGAUUCGAAGAAAGCUGUUUAUCUACAACAUGGAAUUUUGGAUUCUUCUAUGGGCUGGGUGUCUAAUGGGGUUGUUGGUUCACCAGCUUUCGCAGCCUUUGAUCAAGGAUAUGAUGUUUUCCUUGGGAACUUUCGUGGUUUGGUUUCUAGGGAGCAUGUUGACAAAAAUAUUUCAUUACGACAAUACUGGCGUUACUCCAUUAAUGAGCAUGCAACCGAGGAUAUUCCUGCAAUGAUUGAGAAGAUUCACGAAGUGAAAAUGGCUGAAUUAAAGCUUAGUCAACCAGUUCGAGAGGAAGAAACAAGUCAUGAUCAGCCUUACAAGCUUUGUGCAGUCUCUCAUAGUUUAGGAGGUGCAGCCAUGCUAAUGUAUCUCAUAACUCAGAAGAUCCGAGAGAAGCUACAUAGACUCUCAAGACUGAUUUUGUUGUCACCUGCUGGUUUCCACGAUGAUUCUACCCUAGUAUUCACAGUAGUAGAGCAUAUAUUUCUUCUUCUGGCUCCUCUUUUGGAACCCUUUGUUCCUGGAUUCUACAUACCAACGAGGUUUUUCCGCAUGCUUUUGAACAAAUUGGCUCGUGACUUCCAUAACUACCCUGCUGUUGGAGGACUGGUGCAAACACUGAUGAGUUAUGUUGUUGGCGGGGACAGCUCAAAUUGGGUUGGAGUAUUAGGUUUACCACAUUAUAACAUGAAUGACAUGCCAGGGGUAUCAUUUCAUGUGGCACUUCAUCUUGCCCAGAUGAAGCGUUCAGGAAGAUUCAGAAUGUUCGACUAUGGCAGUGCAUCUGCCAAUACGGAGUUAUACGGUUCUCCUGAGCCGUUGGACCUCGGCGAGUACUACAGUUUCAUUGACAUUCCGGUUGAUUUAGUUGCAGGACGAAAGGAUAAGGUGAUUCGUCCAUCAAUGGUAAGAAAGCAUUACAAGUUGAUGAAGGAUUCAGGUGUAAAUGUUUCGUACAACGAAUUUGAGUACGCUCAUUUGGACUUCACAUUCUCUCACCGUGAAGAACUCUUGGCGUAUGUCAUGUCUCGCUUGCUUCUUGUGGAAUCUGCUACUCUUCCGCAACAAUCUAGUCAUAAGGCUCUAAAGUUGAAGAAGAAAGGACUGGUUAACAAUGACUCCAAGGUUGAAGAAGAAAUGACGGGCCAGUAGUUGAUAUAUUGCAAUCUUAGAAAAUGGCCAUGCACUUCCAUGUUUUUUGUUUUGGUUUCAGGAAUUGGCAUGAGCUUUGUACUAAGGUACGGAUUGGUGUUGUAGAUUGAAUACGUCCAUACCAAUUUUACUUGAUUGUGUAGCUUGUAUAGCUGUUACGGUCAUGUUUCCCACCAGUUUUUCGUGGGGUCAUUAUGCCGAACUUAAUAGUCAUGGACUCAAAUUGGUAAAUAGUACGGUUUGUACGAGUAAGUAGUUUAAUUUAAUACUCAAAUCUGUAAGAAUUGUUUAGGUUAAUGUCUUUCAAUGUGUUUCGGCUGCUAUAGGACGUUUUUUUAUGGUUGUAUCAACAGUGUAUAUUAUAUUUUGCAGCAACAUUGUAUAUUAACCUUUAAAGCCAAUCUUCUUAGUAGUUUGCUUCAA